CGCGGCCGUGACGUCGUGCCCGGCCGCCGCGGUGCGAGCCCCGGAACCGCGGCCGCGCGCCCGCCGCCUCCCGCCGCCGGUGAGGUGUGGAGUACCAGAUGUCAUGUUUUAAUGAUUUUGUGUAGCUUUUUUUAAUGACCAAUGGAUAAUGAAGAAUAAUUUUACUGAAAGAAGGAGAGGAAAAAAUGGAGCAAUCUGGAACAAACUGAGCCCUUCCCUCGCAGUGCUUGGGCCAUGGGCAAGACUGACGUGCUCAGCACCAUUCUGACCAUCAAUUGUCUCCUGGGGUGGUAGAAGCGCUCCCUGAGAGCUCCCCUCCUGAUCUCUCUGCUCUCCUGCCCUGCGCUGCUCAGAGAUGGUCGCCACAGAAAAGAUUUAAUGAAAUCCCUGUUGAUUCCCAACCGCUGAGUGGACACCACACCCGCGGAGAGGCCUGGGCGUUCAGGCGACAGGAGCAAGUAGGAGGAGGACGAGAACAGACCAUCGGCUGGACCUUCCCCUCCCACCCCCCUUGCAAAGAAAGGAUUUACAGCUCAACCUUGCACCAGCUGUUCCUCGGCUUUAACAGUCAAGAGAGAAAUAAAUAAAAUUAAACGGCCACCGCCAGCAGCCAGUCCCGGAUCCCGGUGAAAUCAGGGAGAGUGUUUCCGUGACCCCUCCAGUGAGGGGGAGGGGGAGAGGGAAGCUGGGCAGAUUGCUGGUGAGACACCCCCCCUCCCGCCCUGCAGCGCUCGGAGCGGGCUGCAGCGCACCGGAGCGCAGAUUAAAAAGGAGAAGUGGCUUCCCUGAGGCUCCCGGGCGGGGGCUUUUCUGCAAGACGUUCACCCCUCUCCUGCUGGUGGGAACCUGCAUCCAUCCCUGCCUGGGCCUGGAAGUUUUCCCUGCCCUGGGCUGCAGGCCACUGCCCGACCGAGGGGCACUCCCAAGGGCUCUGGACAUUCCUGCCCCAGCGGUUGUUUUAAACUCAAACCCAGUUCUCUAUCCUGAAUUUUUAAUGUUUUUAAACCUCCUUACUCACACCUGCACGCUCCUGUGGGGCAGAGCCUAGGGUGGGCCCCUCUCCUGGGCCUCCAGGGACUGUUGGGGGCUUCUCUGGACUGUCGCUCCGCCGGGAGCCGCCCCGGGAGCAGGCGCAGGGGCUGGGUAGCGGUUUGCCCCCGUCCCCCCCUCCCCUUCUCAUCAAGCCCUGACUCCCGCCGGGCCUGGGCUAUGCUGCAGGGCGGACCCCCCUCCACAGCUCCAACAUGCCAGCAGCCUCCGGAAAGAGAUUCAAACCCAGCAAGUAUGUCCCGGUCUCAGCUGCUGCCAUCUUCCUAGUGGGAGCCACCACCCUCUUCUUUGCCUUCACGUGCCCAGGGCUCAGCCUGUACAUCUCCCCGGUCAUUCCUGUCUACAAUGCCGUCGUCUUCCUCUUUGUGCUGGCCAACUUCAGCAUGGCCACCUUCAUGGACCCAGGCAUCUUCCCACGAGCUGAGGAGGACGAGGACAAGGAGGACGACUUUCGAGCCCCGCUGUACAAGACAGUGGAGAUCAAGGGCAUCCAGGUGCGCAUGAAGUGGUGUGCGACCUGCCGCUUCUACCGGCCCCCACGCUGCUCCCACUGCAGCGUCUGCGACAACUGCGUGGAGGAGUUUGACCAUCACUGCCCCUGGGUCAACAACUGCAUCGGGCGCCGCAAUUACCGCUACUUCUUCCUCUUCCUGCUGUCGCUCACCACGCACAUCAUGGGGGUGUUCGGCUUCGGCCUCCUCUACGUCCUCUACCAGGUGGAGGAGCUCUCUGGUGUCCGCAUGGCCGUCACCAUGGUGGUGAUGUGCGUGGCUGGCCUGUUCUUCAUCCCCGUUGCAGGCCUUACUGGGUUCCACGUGGUGCUCGUGGCAAGGGGCCGCACCACCAACGAGCAGGUGACGGGCAAGUUCCGUGGUGGCGUCAACCCCUUCACCAACGGUUGCUGCAAGAACGUCAGCCGGGUCCUCUGCAGCUCCCCGGCCCCCAGGUACCUCGGGCGCCCACGGGCCGAGCAGACGGUGCUGGUGAGACCCCCCUUCCUGCGGCCCGAGGUGUCGGACGGUCAGAUCACGGUCAAGAUCAUGGACAACGGUAUCCAGACAGAGCUGAAGAGGACGAAGUCCAAAGGAAGCCUGGAGGUGACAGAGAGCCAGUCUGCGGAUGCCGAACCGCCACCUCCACCUAAGCCAGACCUCAGCCGCUACACGGGCCUGAGGACACACUUAGCCCUGGCCACCACCGAGGACAGCAGCUUGCUAGGCAAGGACAGUCCCCCGACCCCCACCAUGUACAAGUACCGGCCUGGCUACAGCAGCAGCUCAGCCGCCCUGCCUCACUCCACCAGCGCCAAGCUGAGCCGAGUGAACAGCCUGAAGGAGCCCAACUCCAUCUGCGAGAGCGGCCACAAGCCCAGCUACCGCUCGGAGCCCAGCCUGGAGCCCGAGAGCUUCCGCUCGCCCACCUUCGGCAAGAGCUUCCCCUUUGACCCGCUCUCCAGCGGCUCCCGCUCCUCCAGCCUGAAGUCGGCCCAGGGCACCGGCUUUGAGCUGGGCCACCUCCAGUCCAUCCGCUCGGAGGGCACCACCUCCACCUCCUACAAGAGCCUGGUGAACCAGACGCGCAACGGCAGCCUGUCCUACGACAGCCUGCUGACACCCUCCGACAGCCCUGACUUCGAGUCGGUGCAGGCGGCGCCGGAGCCCGAGGCGCCGGUGGGAUACACCUCGCCCUUCCUCUCGGCCCGCAUCGCCCAGCAGCGCGAGACCGACCUGCACGGCCGCUUCGCCUCCCCCAAGCCGGCGCCGCCGCGCGAGCCCUCGCCCGUGCGCUACGACAAUCUCUCCCGGCACAUCGUGGCCUCCAUCCAGGAGCGGGAGAAGCUGCUGCAGCAGCAGCCACCAGUGCCAGGCCGGGAGGAGGACGCGGGGCCGGGGGACUCGGGCAUCCAGUCAACACCGGGCUCCAGCAACGCCCCUCGCACCAGCUCUUCCUCGGACGAUUCCAAGCGCUCUCCCCUGGGCAAGAACCCGCUCACCCGCCCGGUCGCCCCGCGCUUCGGCAAGCCCGAGCCCCCCCAGGCGCUGCGGGUGCGCUCUCUGGGCUCCCCCGACCCGCCUGCCGCCCCCCACCUGGGAAAAUCCGUGUCUUACAGCAGCCAAAAAACAGCCUCUCCAGCCAGCGUCCCCGAGGCGGAGGAGGUGGCCUUGCAGCCCUUGCUGGCACCAAAGGAUGAGGUGCAGAUGAGAACCGCCUACAGCAAGUCCAACGGGCAGCCCAAGAGCCUGGGCUCGGCCCAGCCGGGCACGGGGCAGGUGCCCCUGGGCAGCCCCACCCGCGGCGGCGUCAAGAAGGUGUCGGGUGUGGGGGGCACCACUUACGAGAUCUCGGUAUGAGGGGCAGAGCCCCCCGCCUCCCCCCGCCUCGAGGGACCUUCUGUGGCCGGACGUUCUGCGGGCCCCGGGAGAGCUGGAUGGGGGGACGGGCCCGUGGCCCCCAGGGCUGCCCCCUCCUGCCCGCCCGGGACGGGGGGCUCGACACACGCCGAGCGGGGCUGCCCCGCCCAGGACUGCACCGGGGGCUCGGGGGGCUCGGGGGCUGCAGCCACUCGUGGGCCUUGUGCAAUCAACCGCUCGCCUAGCGUGGUAGGAAUGGAUUGUUUUUAAACCAGAAUACUUUUUUUUAUUAUUAUUGUUACGGAUUCUAUUUUUUUUCUCUUUCUGAGUUACCAGGUGUGUGUAUAUAUAAAUAUCUAUAUAUAUAAAUAUAAAUAUUAAAAAAAAAAAAAGCAGAAAUUAUAUAUCUUACCCAGAGAGAGGAAGAAAUGAACCUGUUCCCUGGCCAGGGUCUGAGUCCCCCCUGUGUCCUUGUCCCCAGAGGGGGAACAUGGGAUGAGCCGGGGCCAGUGCCCAGCAUUGCCACCCCUGCCUGCGCCAGGCAGGGCUCUGGGACAGCAGCUGCCACCCCUGGGAUGCCCUGGUCUCCCCAGCCCUACCCAAGGACAUGGUGCUCUCAGAUGAGGACCCCACCCCCCCUUCCCUGCUCUUCGGUUGUGCAGCCUCCAGCCCCCCAUCCUGGGUGGGGCACAGCCUGAGGGGCAGCCCCCCUGAGCUGCACCUGCUGGAGGGGGAGCUGGGUUGGAAAUACCCACGGGCUCUAGCCUUUCCCCACUGGUGAUUGUUGCUUUUUAUAAUGUUUCCCCAGAGUUUAUGUUGGGGGGUGGGGGGGUGGUGGUUGUUUUUUGUUUGUUUGUUUGUUUUUCCAGUGGGGUUGAUGGGGUUUUCUCACUGUCACAGUUGUUUUUAUUUCCGUUUGGGAAGAGGAAAGCCAGCGGGGUGCAUCCCUGCACAGCAAUAUUUUCUCAUCACAUGCCAAAAACCCAAUGCAGCCAAAAGGAGCCCAGAGCUCCUCCCCCCACACAACCCCUGCCCAGGCAACUUCCCCUGCGUGGGGCCUGUGACACUUCAGGCACUACUUGACUCUUUCUCACGGCAAUAUCUCUCCCGUGGCCUCGGCAGAGCCACACCAUUGUUUUUUUUAAUUAUUAUUAGCCAUUUUAAAAAUGAGGAAUAAAAGGAUAUUUAAUGAGCCA